AUGGGUGGUGUUGGCAAAACUCAGAUCGCAACCCAGUAUGCGUACCAAAGCCUGGACAAGUUUGAUGCUGUUCUGUGGAUGGCAAGUGAUAAUGCAAUUGCCAUCGGUCAAAGCUUUCGUACAGUUGCUGGUGGGCUUGGCUUGCUGGGGACCGAUGAGGAGACCAAAGACGCCGCUGGAGCAUCGAUCGAAACCCUGACGUGCUCAGAUACAACUUGCCUUAUCAUAUUCGACAACGCGGAUGAUCUCACAUCCUUGAAGACAGCCUGGCCUGGCUCGAUUAGUGCCUCGAUUCUUGUCGCCACAAGGGAUCUCUCUGUUGCAACAGCCUCGACAGCCCAGCAUAUACAGGUCAAUGCAUUAGGCGAUGAUGAGGGGACCAGAUGCUUCUCAAGGCUAUUGACAUCGGCGCUGCAUCACAGGCCGAUCUUCAGAAUGCUUCAAACAUCAGCCGGAGCCUUGGGGGGUUACCCCUGGCGCUAG